UGACAACUGUAACCUGUCCGUUGUCAGGACGCUAAAACAAGUUAUGGAUUAACAUUAAUAUGAGUCGUUUAAGACCAUCGACAUAUCUUCUUUUUUUUAAAUAAACAUCUUGGAAAGUAAAAGCUUCACAUCUUUUGAACAUUCUUCUUUACAGAGACCAGCUAAGAUUCGGUUAUUCAUCGAUUUCUUUUGAAAGUGACACCAUUUUAAAAUUUCAACAAUGACUCCAAUGAACUGGAAUAUAAUCAUGAAAACAACCAAAAGUAACAUAGAAGAUGACUCUGAUAUGUUGUUGGAAAUGAUCAAAUCUUUUGACCAUAAUAAGGAGACAGAAAUUGAUCGUUUGAAGAAGUUAUUUGAAGUGACUCGGGAGUUGAUAGUAUUGAAAAAUGAUCAGUUGGAGGAGGUAAUUGUAAAUAUGGAAGAAGAAACUAAAAAAGAAGCAAAAAGAGAACAGAAAUUGCAAGCUAAAAUUAAAGAGUUAGAACUCUUGAGUAGCAAUCUGAAGAAAUCUAGUAUAGAUGGAGAUUAUACAUCUUCCAGUACCAGAUACUUGCAAGAAGAGAUUAAUCAUCUAAAUAACCAAAUUCAUCAUUUAACUGAAGAAAAUAUGGAAUUGCAAAGAGAUCUAGAUGACGAAAAGAGAUCUAGUGAAAGGUAUAAUUCACAGAUCAUUGAUCUUGACAGAGAGAAGAGUGUUCUGCGACAAGAAAAUGACCAAAUGAGACAGGACAUCAGUGACUAUAAAAUGCAGCUGCAAUCUCAAAGAGAUAAUUUAUUGCAUCAGAAAGAAGGAGAUCUGGAAUAUAAAGAAAAAGUAUUACAAAAGAAUCGACAGCUUGGUGAGGCAAUGGAAGAAUUACAGAAUUUAACUGAUGCUAAUGAAGAACUGAAAGAGCAAGUUGAAAAACUGACCAAAAAGUUGGCAGAAGCUGUCAAAGAUAUUGAUCAAACAACUGAAGAUUAUUUAAGACUUAAGAAAAUUGUUGAUGAUGGUGAUAAUGUCAAUGAUAGAUUGAAAGAAGAGAAUAUAAUAAUGAAAAGCCAGCUUACUGAUUUAAUGGAGAGGUUGCAAGUCAGAUCAGAUUCUGAUGAUUCUGUCAUGUUAGCAGUGAAUGAAAAAGUGAACGAAUGGAGGAAAAUUCUUAUAGAAAAAGACAGAGACAUCAUUAGUUGUCAAGAAGAAAUCAUGCAUCUUCGUAAACAGUUGGAAGCAGUAAAUUUAGAUGCUGAUCGUGCUUCAUUAGUUGCUCUGACAAAGGUGGUAGAAGAACGAGAUCAACAAAUUUAUGAGUUGACUGAAGAGAUAAAGAAUCUAACAACAGAAAUGAAUGCAAAUGCAGCCAUUAUGGAAGAUUUGAAGAAUGACCUGAGCAAAAAACCAAAAGACCAUUUACAUAAAAAAUUGAAAGAACUUGAAAUUCAGAUGUCAAAUAAAGAUAAGCUUUUGAAAGAUGCUGAAAAAUCAGUUAAAGAGGCUGAAAAUGAUGCACUUGAGAAAGACAAAUUGCUGGUCGAUGCUUUAGAAAGAAUGCAUCAAUAUGAAUCUGGAGAAUAUGGGCUUGCUGAAGCUGUGAGCGAAAUCAAAGAAUUGAAAAACCGAUUGAUAACUCACCAAAGAGACAUUGAAGACUUUGUGAAGCUUAUUAACAAAAGUGAGGCAAACAUGAGUGAAUUAACAGAGGAAAAUGAAGUACUUCGAUCAAAACUUGGUAUGGACCCUAGAAAACCAAUAGAUAUUAAAGAUUUUCAUUCUGAUAUUACCAUCAAGAAAGAAGAACAACGUGCAUUGAAUAUUGUCCUUCAGAAAGAGAUUGAACGUCUUGAAGAAGAAAGGAUUUUAUUGAAGCAAAACUUACGGAAACUUGCUCAACAAACAGGACAAAGGGCUGUUGCUUUGGGUCUUACUGCUGAUGAUAUGAUAUCCAUUCAGAAUUAUACUGAAGGGUUGAAAAUGAAGAAUUUAUCUAAUGUUAAUGCAGAAGUUCCCAAAAAAUUAACAGAGGUUGAAGAUUUGAAAAUGAAGCAUACAGAACUUAAUGAAGAUUUCAAAUUAAAUUUGCAACAAUUGGAUGAUUAUAAACAAGAAAACAUUGCAUUAAAAACCCAGAACAAACAGCUUGAAAAAGACAAUGCAGCAUUGCUAGAAUCGUUGAAAGAACUUAAUACAAAUAUGAAAAGUGGACUUGCAUCAAAUUCAGAAGAAGGAAUUAUCAAGUGUCCCUCUUUGGAAAAGAUUCUUGAAAAUAUGGAAAAUAAACCUGCUUCAGAACAUCAGGAAGUCAUUCCUUACUUGAAAGAACAAAUUAAAAAUUUGGAAAAUUGGAAUAAUGAACUGCGGUCAGUUUUCAAAGAUUCUCGUCAUGAAACCAAUUUGGCUAAAUUGGAAGCUGAAAAGGCUAAUGAAAAAGUAAAAAAAGUUGAACAAGAACUUGCCAAUUUGCAACAGCAAGCAUUUCCAACACAAGGCAAGUUUCAACCAUUGGCACUACCAGAAGAUAUGCCUGUUAAUAGUUCUGAGUUAAUUGCAAAUCUAAACGAACACUUAAUUGUCACAUUAGAGGAGUUGUUUAUUCAUCAAGAGCAAAUAAAACAGACUGAGAGCAGUUUGGAAUCCUAUCACAGAAAAUUUGCUGUUGUGAGACAACAACUGGGUCUGCUUUACGCUGACUAUAUCAAAUCAAAUCAGGAACAUGAAACUGAAGUAACAACGUUGAAAGAAAAAAUAAAUCAAUUAGAAGACUUAAAUCAGCAGAACCUUGUCAAAUUGCAGGAAUUUGAUCGCUUACAGGAUUCUUUAGCUCACGAUGAAUCUGAAAUUACUAGACGUUUGUCUGAACAGAGUCGGAGAAUGACUGUGUUAGCUGUAAAUGAGAAAGCACUCACUCGUAGCUAUCAUACUAUGUCAGAAAUUGAAAAAUCUGCUAGAAAGGAAAUAUCAAAACUGAGAAACGAUUCUAUUUCAAUGGAAAAAGCUGUGACUGAGAAAAUUGGUUACUUACAACGUCAUAAGUACACUUCCACAUUCAAGAUAAAUGCUUUGCAGAAGGCUCUGGAAGAUUCCGUAUCUUCUGAAGAGUUGGAAAAGGCUAAUAAAGAGUACCAAACUCUUACAGAAAACUACCGAGAUCUUUUAGAAAGAGAACAUCUGUUUAUAGCAAAAUCCGAAGCAUUUGCUGGUCUUGAGGAGGAAGUAAUUCAACUGAAGAAUGAAAAUGAACAUUUAAACAAAAUACUUGAACUAGAAAAAGACAAAGUUAAUGUCUUAUCAGAUAAUUUUGAAAAGAUGAAGAACGCCGAUGCAAAGUCAGUAAAUGUUAAUGAAAAUGGAAGUCAAACUGAGAAACUGGUGAGAACUGAAAUGAAUGAAUUGCAUGAAAAGCAACGGGCUGAGCAUGCAGUUCAAAUGUAUGAUAAGUCAAAGUUCCUGAUUACUGGUUUGGAAAAACGAAUCAAAGAACUGGAAGAAAAUUUGGCAGAAGUUUCCCAAGUAAACAAUACAUAUAAAAAAUCUGAAGAGCAAUUACGAGAAGAGUUAGCAAAUGCAGCAACCAAAGAUGUAAGUGAAUCAGAUAGUAAGAAAAUUGCAGAACUUGAAGAAAAUGAAAUAUGCCUGAAAGCUGAAAUCUCCAAAUUAAAAGAAAUAGCUGAUGUGGCGACUUACCAAGUGUUAGCAUUUGAGAAUCAGCAGGUAUCUCGUGACAAAGAAGUCCUUUCACUACGUCAACAGUUACUUGACUUCCAAGCUCAAAGUGAUGACAAGACUGUUAUAGGGAAACUACACCGUCAAAUUGUGCAACUUCAAGUCAGUGAAGGAACAGCGGUUCAGAAACUUGAAAAUGAGAUGCGUAAAAUUAACAAACUUGAAGCCCAUAUUCUUCAGCUGGAGCAACAGAUCGAUGCUAAAAACCAAACCAUUUAUCACACUCGGAUUGACUCUCAGAAUAAAAUCAAACAGUUAAAGAAGAAUUUAUCUGAAGUACAUCGACAAUAUGCAGGAGCUAUUCCACUUUCCAAACAGGAGAAAUUUGCAAAUAAUAUGAUUCAGCUGCAAGAAGAUAAGUCCAAAAUUGAAAGAGAAUUAGUGGAGGUUAAGGAACAACGCAGGCAAGUGGAGGAUAAAUUGGCAGAGUUAGAACUUCUCCAGUUGGGGAAGGAAGAGAUGAAAGAGAUAACAAUUAAGGGAGGUCAUGAAGGGGUUAAGAAGGUGGCAGAAUGGCAUUCAAAGAUGGAAACCUUACGAUUGAGUCAAAUGAAACAAACCCGUCAAAUAUCAAGAUUACAAGAACAGAUAUCACUCUAUGAAAAAACCAUAAAAAAUCAAGAAGUGGCUAUAGCUGAUUUAGAACGUAAAAAUGUAAAGUUAUCUAAAGAAUUUGAAAAGCAUCAACUUGACUGGGAAUUCCGAGAACAAGAGUUAGAGAGGACAAUAAGUAAUUUGGAAAAACAAGCUUCAGAUUUUACUUCUGCAACUGCACAGUUUAAUAAAAACUUUGGUAAACUGCCAGAUACUUCCCAACCUGUGGCUGUUCAACUUGAAAAUGCUAUUGUUACUAUAAAACAGAACAUGAAAGAAAUAUCUGACACCAAAGCCCAAUCUCAAGUUCUUAAAAAGAGAGUUGAACAACUGCAAGCUGUAGCUCAGGAGGCUGAAGCAAAUCUCAUUGCUAAAGACAAACUAAUUGCUGAGAUACGGCUUCAGAUGCCAGCUACCGUGGAUCGUAAUAUUUUCCUUAAAAAUCUCAGUGUAUCAAAGAAUAAGAAGGAAGAAUCCAAUGAAGGUCAUUUUGAAACCCAGCAAGCUAUUAAAGUUGCACAUUGUGCUGUUUCAAGUCUUAAGGCAAGGAUCCAGCUGAAAGAAGAAUCUAUAAAGAAUCUUCAAGAGCUUUUGAAAACUGCCCAUGAGGAUAUGGAAAAAAUGACCCAAAAACAUUUUGAAGAAUUGCGGUCUAUGCAGUUAAAAAUGCAAGAGAAUGCUGAUAGAUCUUAUAUGAAGUUUAAAGAAGCAGCUACAGAACUGGUUAAUAAAUCUAGCAAAGAUGAAGCUUUCAAAAAGCAGAUGAUACAUAUGUCUGCCCUUGAAGAUUUAAUUGCUGAGCGAGAUGAAGCUAUGUCUGGUCUAGUAAUUCAGAUUAAAACUAAAAAUGAAGAAAUCCUGGCUCUACGUGUUAAACUACAACAGAUAAUUGGAGAGAAAGACCAAGCUAAGGAAGAGUUGUUAAGAAAACAUGAUGCAGAAUUAUCAGAGAAGAGUAAAGAACAAAAUAUGUUAUCCCAACAAGUUAGAGAGCAAGAAAAAGAAAUUCAGAUAUUGAAAGAAGAAAUUUCCUGUGUAAAAGAAGCCAACAGCCGAGCAUCUUAUGCCAAUGUGGCAAAACUGACUGAACAAUUAAGGAAUCAAUUAUUGCAGAAAGAAAACCAAAUUCAGGCCUUGAACAAAGCAUUGUCUAAAAUUCGCACUGAUUUGCUGGAACAAACAGAACUAACUACACAAAUACAACAAGCAGGGAAGCAACAAGAGGCACAAAUAAAAAAGAAAAUUGAUAAGCAAACAGAAAAUUUGUCUAGUGAAAUCGAAGAAAUUCGAAGCCAAAAUGAAAAACUGAAAUCAGACUUGAAGAAAAAGCAUGAGCGAGAAGCUAAUUUACAGUCUGAAUUGGGAGAAUUGCAGGAGAAACUUGAAAAGAAAAAUUCCUUAAUUCAGAAGCUAAAACAAGAAAAGCAGCAAAACAAUCAUCAGAUUACUGAACUGGAGAAGAAAAUUGAAAGAAUGAAAGCAAGUUCACAGAAGUUGCAAGAAAGUGAAGGCCAAGAAUUAAGUGAAAUGCGUAGAAAAGUUUUGUACCUAGAAGAAGAAUCAAAGGCCCGCCAACAUCAAGCUGAGAAACCUUAUGAACAAAUGAAAACAGAGAAACCAAAGAAUGUUGAAGUUAUAAAAUGGGAAGAAAAGAAAAAAUGGGAAAAAACUGUGGAAAAAAUGAAAGUUAAAAUUAAAGAUUAUGAAUCAGAAAAUGAAAGAUUUCAGAAGGAAGUAAAACGACUUAAGAUUGCAUUGGACAGAUCAAACAGAGAAAAAGAAAUCCAUGAAAAUAAAACGAAAAGUGUUCCUAGAGCCAAGCCUUUCUCUGCUUCAAGUUCUGCUGUUGAUGAUCUGAAGCAUAUUUAUGAACUGGAAGAACUAAAAGAAUUAAAUUAUAAACAAUCAGAAGAAAUUUCAAAACUGAAUCGAAAAUUAUCAAAACAUGAAGAUCAAAUGGUUAAAGAAGUUGCUGAAGAAAAUAAACAUCUUUUGAAACAAGUUGAAGAAUUAAAAAAGGCACUUGAUUCUAAAUUCGUGGAAGGAAAGGACAACAUAAACUGUAAGGAAUAUCAGACAUUGUUUGAGAAAAACCAUGAUCUACAGAAACAACUGUUGCAGUUAUCAAAAGAAAACAUUGAAAUUCAUUUUGAAAUGGAAGAAGCCAAAAAAGAUGUACCUCGUUUAAAGGCUCGUGUUGAUGAUUUGCAAACAUAUAUUGAAGCAUUAAGAGCAGAAAACAAGCGUUUAAGUGGGGACAAAUCAGAGGUUACAAAGGUUGGUGAAAGUGGUAAAAGUCCAAAGGAGCUGGAGAAAAUAAUUGCAUUGCUUAAAAAAGUAGUUGACCGUGUGCAGUCAGAGAAUGAACAAUUGAAGAAGACAACUGGAACAGCUUCUCUGAAACAAGAAAAUCUUGAUUUGGUUCAGAAAGUUAGAGAUCUUGAAAAGAAAUUGGGACAGUCCUCUACAGAUAAACAUCUUACAAAAGAGAAAGGAAUGACAAAAUUAAUGGCUGAUUAUGAGAAACUUAGAAAAGAUUUAUUAAAAGAGACUGAUCUCAAAAUGAAACUUCAAAACCAAGUUGAGAACCUACAAGAGGAACAACGAAUUUUGAAACACACAGUAGAGGGAGGUGGCAUAAAGUUUGUUAAAGGUAACAACACAUUGCAAUCUUCUGAAUCCAAAAUUGAUACAAUAAAGAAACUGGAAGAAGAUCUUGAAAAUAAGCGUAAAACAAUGGCAGAUAUGAAAAUUCUUUUACGAGAAUCUGCUGAGAGAGAACAAGAUUUGCUUCAAGAAAAACAAGAAUUAUUAAGAAAGAUUCAUCUGUUAGAAAAUAUUCCAAAUGAAUCUAUCAAUUCAGAUGCUGCAUUAAACCAUGCUUACAGAAAAGCCAAGUUAACAAUAAGUGAACUGCAAAGCGAGAAAAAUGAACUUUUCAAAGAAGUGAAACUUCUACAACAAAAGCUCCAUGGGGAAGUACCAAAAAUGACUGAAGACAUGUUACAGAAAGCUAGAAGCUAUGAUUCUUUAAUAUCUAAAAACACAGAGCUUACAGUACAACUGAAAACAUUGAAACUUGAAAAAGAUAAACAAUCCUCUGAAAUUUUCCAGCUAAAAGAUGAACUGAAGAAUUUUAGACCAGAAUUCUUUGAAGAGAUUGAAGAUUUGAAGUACAAUUAUAGAGAAGCUAUGAAAAAACUUGCACUUUAUGAAAAUAAAUGACAACAAGAGAAAAAGUAGUCCUUUGUGUGCUUCCUUAUGGCAGCACCAUCACUGAUGUCUUAAAACAAUUUGAAAAGCCAGAUGAUAAGUGCAGCCGGAAUGAGAAGAUUGGGUGCAGCCUUAUUAUUUGGUAUGGCUGACUGGACAUUCAACCUGUUUUGACACUGGAGGCAUGCACAAGAGUAUACAAAAAUAUGUACACACAGAGAGAAAGGGAGGGAGAGGGAAAGAGAGUAAGAGAGAGAGAGAGAGAGAGUACAAUUUAUUAACUGAACAUCUUUGACAUGAACAUUUUCCCUCUCCUCAUACACAUAAAGAGAAAUAUAUUUGCAUAAAUAAACAGAGAGAGAGAGAGAGAGAAAGAGACAGAAACAUUAAAACAUCUAAUGUCAAAUAGGCCAGCAAUGAAUCAAUAAUGCCAAAUAGGUGGCACCAAAAUGCUGUGUCAAAGCAUCUCAUACCUGGCACAACAGUCAUUGAUUGCUGCAGUGCCUCUUUGUGUAGAGAUGUUAAAGUGUGCAACAGGAUUGUAGCACAGAUUAAAGAACAGCAUAUCCAAGGUGCAAACUCUGCUGCACUGAUUUCCAAUCUUUUAAGGCACUAAAACUGUAAUGGUACUCUGUCACCUUUAAAAGUUUUCUCUACUAAGAAACUGGUAUUAAAAUUAUUUAAAAAUAGAUGGGUGCUUGGACUUUGCCACAUUGAAAUUACUAUACACUGAUAUUAACUGGCACUUUGCUGGUUACUACAAGUGUUUCCAUUGAGCUGAUCUAUGGAACAGCCUGCUUGUAAAAAUUAACAUGCAAGUAGCUGAGCACUCCACAAACAUGCAUUCCCUUAAUGUAGUUCUCAGAGAGAUUCUGUGUGAUGCAGUGUGUGGCAAGGUUGGCCCUUU